AUGGACGACGGCGACGCGAGAGAGACGACGCGAGGCGACGCCUCUGCCAACGCGAUGGACGCGGCGGCGGCGGCGGCGGCGGCGAUGCGCGAGGAGAGCGAGGAGGCGGAGACGGCGGAGACGGCGGAACGCGAGCCUUCGACGGACGACGACGACGAGACGGAGGAAGAGAUGGAGGCUCGAGAGCGCGAGGAGAAGAGCGAGCGGAAUAAAGUGUCGAGACGAGUGUUCGGGGCGGAGACGGACACGCGCGCGACGACGUGGACGCGGAGCUUGUUUAUGCUCGGCGCGAUUUUUGUCUUUCUCGCGGCGUAUCCUAAAUUCGUCGGAUGGUUGUGCUCGUAUUUCGAACCUUUGGACACCGCGGUGUCGGCGUACGAGGCGUUGACGUCGAACGUUGGAUUGGAUUUACGGAUCAUGCGCGCGACGUCGACGGCGACGUUUAAAGUCGUCGCGUUGUGCGCCGUGAUCACGGGUUUGAUGCGCGAGGGUAAGCUUCCGCUCGAGACGCCCGUCGUCGUCUCCAAGCUCGCGUUCAACGUCAUGCUGCCCGCGUAUCUGUGCACGCGCGUCGCGGCGACGCUGUAUUUGUCUCCUCUCACCAAAGCGUUGGCCAUCUUACCGAUAAGUGCGAUGGCACAAGUCAUAUUUGGAUCCAUCAUCGGCGUCGGCGUCACGUACUUCGUCAACCGCUUUCACGCGUACGCGUCGUCGCACACGCGGGAAGAAGAAGACUUGGACGAGGAAGAGGAGAUUAAGCUCGAGCGAGAGAAGAGAGACAUGUCGCGCCUAGGCAUCGCCGCGUGCUCUUUCGGGAACACGUUCACACUUCCUCUGGUAUUUUUGACGGAAGUCCUUGGCCGCGCGCGCGCGGACGAAACGGCGGGAUACAUCGCUCUCUAUCUCAUCGGUUGGACGCCAGUGCUUUGGACGGUCGGUUUCUUGUUAAUCGCUGGACCCGUCGCGGUGGCGGGUUUGAGCAAAGAUGGCGAGAAGAAGGACGCGUUGCGUGAUGCAUUUUUGACCGCAAAGGCGACGAUGGCGCGCAUCGGCAAAGAAUUGUUGAACCCGCCGCUGCUGGGCAUCAUCGCGGGUGUUCUCAUCGGCGCCACGCCUUUGAAGGAAAUCUUCGUCGGUAACUUUGCGGAUGCCACGACAGAGUUUCCCGCGGUAUUGACGUUCAUAUCCGUCAUCUUCCGAGCGCUGUUCGAGCUCGCGGCGAGCAUCGGUGCCGCGGCGCUCCCAGGACAGAUGCUCGUCUUGGCGUCGAGUUUGGUGAAGAUUACUCCCGAAGACGUCGAGAAGAGAAUCGCGCGCGCUAAAAAAGCGAAAGAGCGCAGCGUACCCGUCGACGACGACGAAAUGGAGGAGAAUGCGAAGAAGAGGAAGAAGAAGAGUUUGUUCGUCACCGUUUUGGACGUCUUCUUUGGAUCGUUCGCUGGAGCGUUCGCGCUCGUCAUGCGCCCCUUGCGGAAGAUUCGCGCGGGUUGGAACUAUCUCACUCGUUUGGAUUCGCCAGACAUGCUCGCCUUAGUCUCCGCGUGUUUAGUUCGUUUCGUGUUUCUUCCUGGCGCGUGCUUGUUCGGAUUACUUUUCCUACGAGCGCUCAACUCGCCGUGGUUUCCGAGCGAUCGCUCGGCGGCGUUGGUGCUUCUCACCAUGUCGUGCAUGCCUGCGGCGCAGAACCUCGUGCUAUUGACGCAGUUGCGAGAUGCGACGCGUCCGUUGGCGACUCGCUUAGCGGCAUUGAUGUUGCGCCAAUACGUCUUUGCCAUCAUUCCCGUCACAUUUUGGCUCACCGCCUUCACGUCGGCAGUCGUGUAA